AUGUCGGAGAACGGCGCGGGGUACGACCGGGCGGAGAGCCCCGACAGGCGGGAUGCUCCCCCGCGCGGCGACCGCGGUGGCAGCCGCGGCGCGAGCCCGUCCCGGGAGAACGCCGGCGACGCGGAACCCAAGCGCGAGUUCGAGGACGAGAAGGAGCUGAACCUCAAGGCCUUCGUUGGGGGCAUCCCGCAUGCGUUCACGGACGAAGACCUGAACGCGGAGUUCGCGGAUUUCAACAGCACGCGUGCGGAGGUGAUGUGCGACAAGUACACUGGCAAGAGCCGCGGUUUUGGCUUCGUGUUCUUCUCCUCGGAAGAGGACCGCGCGGCCGCGAUCGAGGCCAAGAACAAGACCUUCAUGCAGGUGUGCUCCUCACGGGCCCGCGGGCUGCCAGCCGCGCCCGCGCGCACGUCCGCGGGGACCAAAAGCGCUCAGCAACCGCAGGCGCCGUUUCCUCGGCCACGGAGCCUCGCGGCCCCCACGCGCGUGAUCUCGCAGCGCACCGCGUCGUCCACGAAGUGA